CAUCAGUUUUUUUACACUGCAUACAGUUGAAUCUAUAGGCUGCCACACUGCAUGUGUAUAUAGAAGAGGGGAAAUGAGUUCUUCCAGGAAGUUUUUUACUGUGUUUCUGUUUUCUACAUACCUCUUUACCCUCUCUGUUGCCCAGCCGGAUCCCAAGAGUUGCUUACCCAACGAAGAUGGCUGUUGGGUUUGCUGCAUCUGCUUCUUUUUCUGGUUGAGGAAAUCAAAGAAGAGAAGGCAGUCAGUGAAUGAAAUUGAAUAUAAAGAUGAAGAUGAAGAUAAAGAUGAAGAUGACAAUGCUGAAGCUUUACAAUUUGACUUCAAUACAAUAAGAAUUGCAACUGAUAACUUCUCCAGCAUGAACAAACUUGGAGAAGGUGGAUUUGGUGCUGUUUAUAAGGGCACGCUUCAAAGUGGAAAAGAUAUAGCUGUGAAGCGGCUUUCGAGAAAUUCUGUUCAAGGAGAGCUGCAAUUUAAGAAUGAAGUUAGGCUAUUGGCAAGACUUCAACAUAGGAAUUUGGUUAGGCUACUAGGUUUUUGCUUGGAUGGAAAUGAAAGGCUUCUGAUCUAUCAGUUUGUUCCUAACUUAAGCCUUGACUGCUUCAUAUUUGAUCCAAUCAAGCGAUUACAACUUGAUUGGGACAUAAGAUACAGAAUCAUAGGGGCAAUUGCAAGAGGAAUUCUUUACCUUCAUGAAGAUUCUCAAUAUCGAAUUAUUCAUCGUGAUUUAAAAGCUGCCAACAUUCUGUUAGAUAAAGAAAUGAACCCUAAAAUUUCAGACUUUGGGCUAGCAAGGUUAUUUGCAAAUGAUCAAAGUCAAGCUGAUACAGGAAGAGUUGUUGGAACAUUCACUACUUACAACUACUCACCGUCAUGUAUUCAGGGGAUAUAUGGCUCAGAGUACACAAGGAAUGGGCAUUUUUCAGCUAAGUCUGAUGUUUAUAGCUUCGGGGUGCUAGUUUUGGAGAUCAUCAGUGGGCAAAAAAUCCAUUCAUACAUUGGGGAAGAUGGGGAUGAUCUUCUAACUCAUGCAUGGAAACUUUGGAUGGAAGGGACUGCUCUGGAAUUGAUAGAUCCCAUUUUGAGAGAUGGAUCGAGUGGUGAAAUGAUGAGAUGUAUCCAGAUAGGCUUAUUAUGUGUUCAGGAAAAUGUUGCUAAAAGACCAACCAUAGCUUCUGUUGUUCUCAUGCUUGGUAGCAGUUCUGGAUCUUUUCCAAUUCCCUCAAAACCAGCAUAUUUUAUGCACUCUAUCAUGGAGUCAGAUGCAUCUUCAGGAGCACCUGUUCAAUUCACAGUGAACAAUGUUUCAAUUUCGGAGUUAGAUCCUAGAUAGGAGCUAUAUGUAUCUUUUCAGUGCUUAACUGUAUGCUUCCUAUUCUCUCAAGACUUGAAAGUAUAUAAUUCUGCUUAUAGUAUGGUAAUUUUUCUUCAUUUUGACGGUUGACUGAAUCUCACAAUUAGCCAGCUCUCAAAUUAAAGAAGAUGCAUAAAGAAGAUCUAAUGAUUUGCAUUCAGAAAGUGGAGAAACUGUUUUAAUAAAUAAUGGAGAAAUUG